AUGGAUAACUUUAACCCAGUGGAUGUAUUUCAACGUCCUUCAAGGAACUUCUUCCAAGGUGGAAGGACCCUUGGAGACAGUCAGCCUGAAAAUGGCAGCUUUCCUUCUCUAGCUCCUGACCUUUUCAGUAAAAUUGACUCCUUCAAGAUCAAUGAAUAUCAAAAGAAUCAAUCUAAGAUCCUCAAAGGAGGGAAUACCAAAAGGAAGUCAUCUCUUGUUCCCACUUUGAGGAAGAAUAAAAGUGAGAAUGGGCCUAAAACGUUCAGGAGUGAACGGAGAAAGUCUUUCUUUAAUAUUGGCUUGAAUGAUAUUAAAGAUAAAAUCCUAAAGAACCAUCUCAAUGCUCCUGAGAUUGCCAAGAGAAUUCCUAAUUACUCUCUUUACGGUAUUAAGCCAAUCGAGAGGAAGAAGAAAGUCCAGCCUGUGACCAAGGAGAAACCGAGCAAGGUUACCCUUGCUCCGCCUCACAAACUUCUUCAUAUGCUAGAGAAUCUCUAUAAGUCCAAGAAGGACAAAAAUUCUCAGAUUCACUCACAAAGAGAGAACCUAAAGUCUAAUCAGACAAACUUUGGAGAUAUUUGCCAAAAUCUUAAAUAAGGACCUCCUCGCUUGGGUGGAUUCCUACUUAGAGGAGUUCCAGAUAGAGCAAAUGCAUGUGAUAAAGAAGGGAAUUGAGGAGACUUCUAAAGCAUAUGAUACCCUCAGUGAAGAGAUCUUCCAGCUUAAUCGACUCAUCACUGCUACUCGACAAGGCCUUGAGACUAACAAAAGCAUUGAUGCGAGAUUACUGAAGAAAAUACAGAAAGUUAUUAAGGAAAAUACCAUUCAUGAUUUGGAAUAUGAGAAGCAGUGAACUCUUCUGUAUGAACAGGAGUUGAACAAGGUCAAUGACCAAGAGAUCACAAUCAAGUUUGGUGGUUACCAAGCUAGUAAUUACGGCAGGAUUUACUCCCCAAGACCUUAUAUAGAUAAAUAUGGACUCUCGAAGAUAGAAACUAACUCUGGAAAGCCUAAUAAGAAGAUUAGGCUUACUAAAUGGAAGAGCGAUAAGGUCAUGGAGUAUGAUGUCUCUAAUAAGAAAUGGAUAUUAACGGAUACCCACAUCAAGCCUGACGUGAAGCAGUUUUCAAGUACAGUGUUUUUCAACAAUCUUGAAAUGAUGGUACUGGGAGGGCUGGACCCAGACGCAGAAGGAGAUGAGCACUUCACAUCCAAAGUUUACUCACUUAAUGAAGUAGGAGACACUCCUUUGAAUAAAGUAUAUUUUUCAGACCAGCUUAUGAGCAUGAUUACUCCUAGGGGAUGCUUCUGAACAACCAUUUUAGACGAUAAAAUCUUAGCCAUUGGAGGGCUCAACGAUACAGAGAGAAUCCUCAACAAAUGAGAGUUGUAUAACAAGCGUGAUGACUGAUGGCACCCUAUGCCUUCACUGAACAUAGCUAGAAAUAAUGCUUCAGCGAUCAAGCUGAACGAUGAUUCUGUCUACUGUUUUGGAGGAUGCGAUGAAACUGGUAUAAUAAACUCCAUUGAACUCUUCUCCUUUUCUCUAAACGAAUGGUCAGUCUUAGAAAUAAAGUUACCAAAUCCAGUGAGUCUAUGAUCUGUUUUUAAGCUUAACGAAACAAAGCUAUUAAUCCUUGGAGGUCUGAUUAAAGAAUACUCAGAAAAGACAACUGCUUAUAAGUCAGACCAAGUUUUGGUGUUUGAUACAGCUGAGCCUAAUUUUUAUAAAUCCCAAACUAAUUUGCCAGAAGACUGUGUAUCCUUAUAUCCUGCAUUCUAUGAUGAAGGAAAGUUGUUCAUUGUCAAUGAGAUACCAGAUUUGUUCUUACCAGAGAUUAUUACCUACGAUUUGGCAGAAAAUUUGUCAUCACUGCUCCCUAAUCAGACAGAAGGGGAUUAAUU